AUGACGUCCACUGUCCCGGGGGAGCCGCACAGUGCUCUCACACCUAACGCAGCAAAAAAAGUUCAGAAUACUCCUGCAAACUCUAAAAAGAAAAAGUCGAAAAUUCCGCCAGCGAACAACAUGACGACGCCAGGUGACUCCCGACAAGUUUCGCCUGUAGCCAAGCGGCGCAAAUCACAACAUGCUCAGCCGAUCCAUGAUUCGUCUCUCACAAUGGCCAUGGACUCCACAUGGCAAACCAUUUUGGCUUUUCGUACCUCGUUUGGAAAGGGAUUUCAGCGUGUCCUUGAUCCGACAUUUAAUCUCGAUCAUGCUCGCCAAAUUGUGCAGCAAAAGUACGGACUUGACUCAUCAACGCCCGUUGCUUUGUCUUACCAAGCUUCCGACGGUAUGAGCAUCGACUUGGAAGACAAAGAAGAUAUUCGUGCGUUCCAAGUCUAUGCCUCGCGCGAGCCUGUUGUCACGUUGCACGCUGACUUUGAUCAGGCCAAGAUUGGUUCUGCUGGAAAAGCGCAAGAAGCCACCAUCUCAUCAACGCCAUCUAAAUCGCGUGGUCGUCGUGGUGGACGCUCCAAGUCGGCCAAUAAUGCUGCGAAUGAUGCUGCUGGCGCCCCACCAAACGUUGCGGCCUCAGAGUCAGCGCCUCGUCAGGACGUAGCUGAGACAUCUAUGGCUGAGGUCUCUGCUAACUUGCAUGAGAUGUCACAAGAUGCACCUCAGCCGCCUAGUGGCAAGCGCAAGUCGCCCAAGCGAGCAGAGCCAGUGCCGGAACCCGUGCCAGAGGCCGCACCCGAGCCAGCGCCAGAAGCUGGCUCUGCUGAGUCCAUCCAGCGACCAGACGAUGAUGACGACGAAGAUGUACCGCUUUCGCAGCAAUCUGUCUCUAACGCAUCGACUGGCACUCCAAGUCCGGAAAAACCGCGACGACACCGACGCACCAAGGCAGAAAUGGAGGCAUUCCGUGCUGAACAAGCAGCGAAGAAACUCGAGAAAGAACAGUCAAGUCAAGCCCAUAAGUCAUCCAGUCAAUCUGAAGAAGCAGAUGCAGCUGAUACUACGACAGCUUCCGUGGGUGAUGAGACAACGAUUGUGCACGAUAAUCAUAACGACGAGCCAGCUAGGACAGCUUCUGCUUCCAUCCAAGCGCUAGAAGCAUCCGGUCCUGCUGCCAUGCAACAGCGCCUAUCUGAACUCAAGGCGAAGAAGCAGCGCAAGAAUGCUGCUGAGCGCGAAGAACAGAAAUUGCUCAUGGACCGGAUCAAGGAAAAAGGACUGCCUGCGACGGCUGCCGAGCCUGCCGAGACCUCUUCACUUAAUACAUCACAUACUGCAACCAACGGCACUUCCGCGCCACCGCGUGUGACUGCGCCAGACGUGUCUACAACAGAGGAUGUCUCGCAUGCAGAUGACACGCAGCCGUUCAUCUCUCAACCAGAGUCGCACCUUCCUGCCUCUCCUACCAGAGUUCACGGCCCUUCUCCGAGACCACCUGCGCCUGUUGAGAGCACGCCGCGGCGCUCUUCAUCAUCGGUCUUUGUUGACGCACCAGAGCGUCCUCCUAACACUGACUCGUCCGCGCAGGCACAUCGGAACUCGUCAGGUGCAUUUACCAAGCUGUCUGAGCUCAAACCUUCGGCCCUUCGCCGUACUGUUUCGCAGCAGGAAGGUCCACAGACCCCUGCGACAUCGAGCGAUACACCUGCAUCCGAGUCGGAGUCGGAAUCAGAGUCAGAUUCAGAGACUGGAUCUGAUUCGGACUCAGACUCAGACCAAACUUCGCAACCUGCGCUCCCUGCGUCCAAGAUGGCCGGGGCUAGUGCAGCGGCAUCUGCAGAGAAUGCAUCGAGUGCCAAGCGGAAACGCACAUUCUUUUCGGCACUCAGUUAG